AACUCGCGCUCCGGUGUCCAGUAUUUGUUCGCCGAUUAGCAGUGGCGGUCGUCGUCGGUUUAGGGCUUUGGUUUCCGGACCGGACCGCUGGUACGGUGGUAGUUACCUUUCUUCCAUGUGUGUUUCCAAGUACGCGGGGAAAAGUCCAAAGGAAAGCCUCACCGGAGAAAGUGAUUUGAUCACGCUACACCGAUCUGCGAACCCGAUCAGAUCGGCGGUGUUCUACGACGAGUCUGUGUGCUGUGCAAGUGUCUGUUAGUGCCAUUUGCCGGUUGUGCGGGGGAGUGUUGAGCAUUAGAAAUUUCCGCAUGCACAGUGUGAGAAGAGUAAAGUGAGACAAAAAAAACGGUUGUUGUUUUUCAACCCCAAACCCAUUAGUAUCGUGUCAGCAGCUCUCCAAAGUGUGCCCGUGUGGAGGGGUUGCCGAUCGCAACGAGCACGUAGUUGGAAGUGGGGCUCGCGAAAAGACGACGAUAACACAGCCGUUAGAUAGCACGAAUAAAGGGAAAAAUAUUACACUGCUCUGUGUGCUCAUGUGUGCUCAUGUGUGCGUGUGUGUGUGUCCACUUUCGUGAUAAAACCUAACCGAGCCGAGUGAAGUCAGUAGCAACUGUGUGUGCUGUAGAGACGACGUCUCAUCAUCUCGUUUCGCAUUCGCAACUCCGUUGAAUCGUCUUUUUUUCUCCUGCUCCACGAUCAUCUUCGCCUCGUGAGAAGUGAACUGUGAGACGUGUAACGAAGCCAACCGCCCCCCGAAGUUUGCGCAACAUAUCAACGUGGGUGGGUGGGAAAACAAAAUGAGCAGCCAUGGUGGUGGUGGUAGUAGUACCAACAACGAAGACGACGUUGAGGAGGCAAUCCAUCAGUCGUACGCCCGGCCGAAGAAGCAGUCGACGCACUUGAAGCCCGCUGGUGAUCGCGUUUCGUGUGACAGCGGUAUCUCGCUGGAGGAUCCGGCGUUAAUCCACACCCCGGCCAACCAACCCCCUCCCUGCACGCUAGUGCGCCGCCCGAAGGGUAAUGGUGGUGCCGCAUCGUACGUACGGCGGCUAACGCAACUGUUCGAGAACCUAACGCACGACGAGCUGCGCCAGGAACAGGAACGACAAGAGCAACAGUGUACCAUGGGCACCUUAGCACCGCCGGGCGUGCUGCAGCAGGUUGCCGAGGAGUCAACCACACCGGAAGUGACCGAAGACCGCCCGACAGCGCCACCCCUCCUCCAGCUCCGUGCAGCAGUUCCGUGUCAAGUGCCGAUCGUGGUGGAAAGUGUGGUGGAAAGUGAAAAUUGCCCCGCCGCGAGUGAAGCGUCGAACGAUGCGGAAAUUGCACAAGACGCAUUAGCGCCGCUGCUGCCGGCCCGUUCGCGCAGGUCCAAUUUGGAGGCCAGCGCGGAAGAUCGCGUUAUGGCGAUGAGUGUGCGUGCGAGUGGUGGUGCGGCAGUGGGCAAGAAACGGCUCAGCCGACGACGUCAAACGUUGCAGGGUGCCGUUGGUGGUGGUGGUGGUGCAGGAGCGAGGGCACUCGGUUACACUACGCCCGAGCAGAGUGAUAAGACGGAUGGGGAACAGUGCUACGACUACAUGUACGAUGACGAUGAGUUCGAUACCAGUGAUGAGGAGGAGGAGGGAGAACAGGCACCAGCAGUGCACCACCCGGACAGGGCCAUUGCGGGAAGUGAGGGCGAAUUCGGCGAAGGCCCGACAGUGCCGGACGAGAUUUCGGAGGCUCACAACAUGCUCGUGCCGGGCGUAGUGGAUCGGGGCACGCCGCACUACGAAGAGCACGACGAGUUUAGCAGCAGUUCGUUCGACAGUGACUCGGAAGAUGGGGAACCGUUCGCGGUGCGGCCAGAUUCGAACAGUUCACUCAAAACAGCUCGCGUAUCAAGCAUUCUACAGGAGCUGUUGGCAAACGAGGCGAACUACGUGCAAACGCUUGGCCGCGGGAUCGAAAACUAUGUCAGCAUAAUGGCGGGGAAAAACCUUCCCCCGGGACUGCGGGGCCAGAAGUAUCACAUCUUUGGAAAUAUUGAAAAGAUUCAUAACCUUCACCAGAACCAGUUUCUGCCGAUGCUGGAGAGCAAUCGGGCUAGCAUAGCUGGCAUUGCGGAAACGUUCAUCUGGUUCCUGGAGAAUGACAAGUUCUACUGCUACAUCAUGUUUGCGCUGAACCGUCCCAAGUCGGAGCGAAUAUGCAACAAGAACUUGGACUUCUUUCAGCGUCGCCAGCAAGAGGUGGACGACAAGCUCGGCCUGAACAGUUUCCUGCUGCAGCCAAUCCAGCGGCUGCCCCGCUACAAACUCCUGCUAGCCGAGAUCAACAAGGAGAUCCUGAAGCAGCUCGAGGACACACUGCUGGAGUCGGUCAAGGACGAGAUCGGUAUCCUGUGCAAGGCGGAGAAGCGGCUCGAGCGCUUCAUCGACAUCGUAAACGAGGCGAUGAGCAUCAACGACAUCCAAGAGUGUUAUGAGAUUAACCUGUUUAGUCAGGGCAAGUUCCGGAAGAUGUUCGAGGUUGACAUCUACGAUUGGGACCAUCGGCGGCGCUAUCCGGCGAAGCUGUUCCUGUUCGAACGGAGCGCCAUCUAUGCGGAGAAGGUCAAAACCCAUCUCGAGUACCGCGGCCGGUACGACGAGUCGGAGAUCGGCAUGCACAACGAGAACCGCAACAAGGUGUAUCUGUACGCGAGAAAGCGUGGCAUACAGGAGAUCGAGGUGACCUGCGGCGACAUGAACGAGGCGCAGCGUCUGUCCACACACGUCGAGAAGAUGAUGUGCGAGUUUGCGGUGAACGAGCGUGACCGCAUCAACACGAUGGUGCGCCCCCGGAUACCGAGCGUGAUGACGAUCAAUCGACGCAGCGUUACCAGCAUGAUGUCCGGCACUGGUCCUGUGAAUAGUAUGCGAGAAAGCUACGAAUCCACCUCACAAACCACCUGGAGCACCGAUAAACCGAUCGCACAGCUUGCAAUUAUGCAGAAGAACUUUUGCCGAAUAUUGGCCGCUAACAGGCGCUACUACUUCCACGAUUUGCCGCAAGAGAUCGCGUCCCGUGUGGCGGAGUUUAUGCGCGUGUACGAUCGCAUACUGCAUUUCCACACCAAGCGCUUGUACGAGGAUUUGUCACGAGCCGACAUUGGGAUCGAUGAGGUGUGCGAGAUGUUCAUUGGAUAUUUUAAGGAAGGUGUUUUUGAUGUCUACAAUGAAUAUAUAAGACUGUUCAAACCAGCAGCGGAGAUUUUGAAAAAUGUCCAUAAAGCAGCGCGCUCCAGCAUUACCGACAGCAUGGUCGCACCGACGAUGGAUGAGUUUACCUUCCUGAGCGUGCAGCACUGGAACAAGCUGGAGCACUUCUUCCAGGCCCUGGUCGUGCAGCUGUCCGAGCAGCUCAACUCGGGCCACAUGGAGCAUCAGGACCUGUUUCGGAAGCUGGCCUACGUAGAGGUGCAGGUUGCCGGCUUCCGCAAGCUGCUCUUCCAAAACUAUCGGCUCUUCAACAUGGACGAGAAGAUAUCGCCUGCCAAGCUCGGUCUGGUGCUGUACUCCGACCGGGUGCGGUAUGACAACGAAACGAUCAGCUCCCACCGGGUGCUGCUCUGUGACCGUGCGGUCGUCUGUGUUAAAUUCCAUUUCGUACGGGAAUUUGGACGCCAAACGGAAAAGUACACCGGGUUUGCUUUUAUCGACCGCUUCGGGCGCGAUGGACCGAAGAUGCCCAACGUGCGGAUUAGCAAAAAGUCCGAGGUGCGCCUGAACGUGGUCCAGAACGAAGCCAAACAUCCGAUUGACUUUGGCAAUACGGCCAACCGGGACAAGUUCUACGGACAGUACUGCACGGUGUUUGCCCGGCACUCGUAGAACGGAAAUUGGUUUUAGUAUAGCCUGUAGCGUAUAACCUCUCCCUUGUACCCCAAAACAAACUCGUAAUAAAUUCCCCGUGUUAGCAGUCUUUCUACUGUCAUUCCCCAAAAAA